CAUGCGCUCCUGCACAGACAGCACGUACACAAGUUCAGCAAGCGCGCAGCUCUCCAAUAAAGUGACAGCUGAGCUGAUCAGUGGAUUGCAGUGGAUUCUGGAUUGGAUGCAGUUCACUCACACACUCAUUUACAUCUAAUGAUGCUCUCGUCCCGUGUGCUGCUUCGGGGUUUGCGGGCUGAGACCGGGCUCUGGAGGAGCCUGUCCACCUCGACCAGAGCACUGGCUUCACACAGUCGCAGUGUUGAUGUGAUUGACUGCAGUGUUCCUCAGUACAAUAACCGUCUGGAUACACCACUGACUGAUAUCCCAUUCGUCAGAAAUCUCACUCCUGAGCAGAAGAUGCUGAAGGAGAAAGAGAAGGAGUCAUGGACCAAACUCACCGAGGAGGAGAAACUAGCACUGUAUAGGCUCUCAUUUCAACUGAGCUAUGCUGAGAUGAGGAAGGGCUCUGAUGAGUGGAAGACAGUGCUGGGAGGGGUCUUCAUUUUCCUUGGCUUCACAGGCCUGUUGGUGUUGUGGCAGCGUUUGUAUGUGUACGGAGACGUGCCGCACACGUUUUCUCCUGAAUGGGUGGAGAAGCAAACCCAACGGAUGAUCGACAUGAGGGUCAACCCUGUGCACGGCUUCUCUGUCAACUGGGACUAUGAGAAGAAGCAGUGGAAGUAGAAACCCACUGCGUAACACAGUAUCCAGAGCUUACAAUAACCUGAGGUUCAAACCUUAACAGCUUAUCACGUAAUAUAUCAAAUAAACACUGACUGCGAUGUGA